UGUGUCCAACCGCCGCCAAUGUUUCAACGCUGUGACAUCAUCGAUACAACAGGAAAAUUAUUCAGCCAGUGAUUUGCAACCGCACUCGGUAUUCGGACGGAAUACGCACUGGACAGCAUUACUAAGUGACUGGCCUGACUUAUGACAAACUCAAUGCGCGUUGGCUUCCGUGUGCCAGUGGUUGCGGGCUGUCACUAGCGUCGAUCCAACGUUGUACAAAACAGCAUGGCGUGCUCUCCUCCUAAGGGACUCGAUUGUCCGAGUCGAGAAACAUUCAGUCUACACCGUCAGAAUACGACUCAAUAUAUACCGAGGCCGUUAAUACAUAGUCUGCACACGGCAGCCAGACAGAACCCGAGAUACAUUGAAGCAAGAUGGCGCCCAAGCUACUCCUCACCGGCGUGACUGGCUACAUUGGCGGCGACGCCUUCUAUGCGCUGCGCAAAGCCCACCCGGAGCUCGAGUACACGCUCCUCGUGCGCAGCGCCGAGCGGGUCAAGCUAGUCCGCGAGCAGUAUCCUGAGACCACUGGCAUCAGGAUUGUGUAUCCGGACAGUAGCAGGGAUGGGUCUUCGCUCAACGACUUGCUCGAAGACGAGGCCAGCAAGGCCGACAUUAUCGUCCACACGGCCGAGUCGGCAGACGACGUGCCGUCCGCAAAUGCCAUCGUCAAGGGGCUGAAGCGCGGCGCCGCCAACCGUUCGGCCGAAAAUCCAGCGUUCUGGAUCCAUCUGUGCGGAACGGGCCUGUUGCAAUGGUACGACUCAUCCCACAAGCGCUACGGACAGCCGCCGCUCCCGUCGGACAAGUACGACGACGUGGCCGACAUUGAUAAGAUCACGAGCCUGCCCGACGAGGCGUACCACCGGGACGUGGACAAGAUCGUACUGGCGGUCAACGCGGAGCUGGGCGGGAAGGCUAAGACGGCCAUCGUGUCGCCGGCGACCAUCUACGGCACGGGCCGCGGGCCGGUCAACCGCAAGAGCAUGCAAGUGCCGGACCUGGCGCGGUUCACACUCCAGCAGGGCUACGCGCCCGUCGUGGGCACGGGCAAGGUCGAGUGGGACAACGUGUACAUUUUCGACGUCAGCGAGCUGUUCGUAGCGCUGGUCGACGCCGCGCUGGACCCGGCGCGCAGCGCGGACCCCGAGGUGUUCGGCCCGCACGGCUACUUCUUCGCCACCAACGCCACGCACGUGUGGGGCCAGGUGGCCGCGCAGGUCGUCGCCGAGGCCGUCCGCCAGGGCUAUCUCAAGGAGGCCGUCGAGAAGAUGGUCACCUCCGAUGAGAUCCCGUAUAAGACCCUAGCUACCAACUCGAAGGGAAUCGCUACGCGCGCUAGGAAGCACCUCGGCUGGGAGCCCAAGGGUUCGUCGUUGAGCGAGAACAUUGCAGAAAUCGUCGACGUCGAGGCGAAGCAUCUCGGCCUAAAGAAGGUCCCUUAGAGUAUUUGCCUUUUUCGUGUAGAUAUGUCACGUUCGUGAGCCCCUUGAGCUCACGGUAGUUUCAUGCCCAGCGUCAUCAUGCACCUAUGCAGUACUCACAACAGAGGUCCGGUUUACUUGGAUGCUAGAUAUCUUUGGAUGUCAGAUAUCUGUGAGAAUUCUAGUGUACGCUCGCAACUUAUAAUCUGCCGCAUUUAUUUAUCCAGGGCAA